ACAGUUGACCUGGUGAUUUCAGUGUUUCCGCAUUCAGCCAAUCGACCAGUUCUGUUUUCAGUUUUUUGGAGAGCACACACAUCUGAAUUUUUGUUUGGAAAAAGUCUAUAUAGUUAUCGUUCCCGUUGAUUCGAAUAAUCAGACAGUUUUCUGGCGCUAUGGUGGAGAAAACCAAAACACUUCAGCUGCUGCGAAUGGCUCGCUCCGUCUUGACGAUCAUCUAUAACGACCACUUCUGCUGGACCUUCAUAAAGAGCUAUGGACUCUUCUCCCUGGCGAUCCCGCUGGCCAAGUACUUCGAUGGCUUCCAAGUAUUGCCCAAUGGUGUUGUGUAGUUUUUCUUUUUGCGCGCGGAUCGGAUUUGUGCCAAGUGUACGUAAAUUAAAUGUUUUUUGAUCAAGGCAAACAUUGAUACCGUAAAA